GAGAUGCACAGACCUUCUAAACCCAUGCACAUACUAUGCGAGCCUCACACAGGGACAGCUGCCAAAAUGGCAAAUGAGAGGCUCUGGUCAAAGUAUAAAUACCUCAACAACAGAAGGUUAACCAAGCAUAGGAGAGCAGGCCCAAGGAAAGGGAAACUGGUUGAUUCUGAAAAACCACACCUGCCCAGACAGCCAAUCUGAAAUGUCUGAUACUCCAGUGACUCCAGUAUAUCUUGCAAUCCAGCUGUAGGAGACAGACUGUUCUACAGUUGAUGAGUUGGACAGUAAACAUUUUACUGGGGUCAUUCCACCACUGGAAAAUAACAAGAAGGGAUAUCGCUUACUGGAGAGUUCCUACAAAGACUCUUAUACGAUUCUGCGCUUUUACAGGGUGUUUAUCUUUCCCUAUUGUCUGGCGAGGAGUUGAAGCGUGAAAUCUAGAUACUAUGACAUCUGUUGUAGUCAAUUCCAGUAAGCCUGUUAAGACUGAAAGGAAAAAUUACACUGGGAACGAGCUUGUUUAUGUUAAGAACCCUCACUUGGAUUCGAUGGAUGAAGAUGUUCUAUAUCACUUAGAUUUGGGAACCAAAACUCAUAAUCUGCCUGCUAUGUUUGGUGACAUAAAGUUUGUCUGCGUGGGUGGGAGCCCCAACAGAAUGAAAGCUUUUGCUCAGUUCAUGCAUAAAGAACUUGGACUCGAAGGAGAUGAGGAAGACAUGAAAGAUAUUUGUGCUGGGACGGAUCGGUAUUGUAUGUAUAAAGUCGGACCUGUGCUCUCCAUUAGUCACGGGAUGGGUAUUCCCUCCAUUUCUAUUAUGCUUCAUGAGCUAAUCAAAUUGCUACACCACGCCAAAUGCCGUGAUGUUACCAUUAUACGCAUCGGUACUUCAGGGGGAUUAGGGAUCGAACCUGGGUCAGUUGUAAUAACAGACACAGCAGUGGAUUCGUUUUUCAAGCCUCGGUUCGAGCAGGUGAUACUGGACCGUGUGGUAGUACGAAGCACUGAACUUGAUAAAGACUUGGCCGAGGAACUCCUAGAAUGUAGCAAAAAGAUAAAGGAUCUCCCAACACUUAUUGGUCAUACCAUGUGCACCUAUGAUUUUUACGAGGGUCAGGGAAGAUUAGAUGGGGCAUUGUGCUCCUUCUCCAAUGAAAAAAAGUUAGAGUACCUCAAAAGAGCUUACAACGCUGGCAUUAGAAAUAUAGAAAUGGAGUCUACUGUAUUUGCUGCUAUGUGCAGUCUUUGCGGUCUUAAAGCCGCAGUUGUCUGCGUGACUCUACUUAAUCGACUUCAUGGGGACCAGAUCCGGGCAUCCCACGAAGUUCUACUUGAUUAUCAACAACGACCUCAAAAGCUGAUUUCAGUGUUUAUUAAAAAGCGCCUUGGGCUUUGGAAUCCAGAAGAUUCAGUCUAAAAGAGUUUGAUAAAGAGUUUGAACAACCAGCACAUUCCAGAGAACAAUCAGCACAAUCAACAACCAUCUUCCUUAUUUUCACACCCCUUCCAACCCUCCCAGCAAUCAACACAGAACAAUGGUCACAUUCAACAGCCAGUUUCCUUAUCACCACCCUUCCAGGAAGCCCCAUCAAACAAUGGGUACAUUCACAAACCAAUUGCCCUCUCACUACACCCCCUCCAGCCUAGAAAUAGCAGCUCUCCAGCAGCCCUGGCCUCACUCAAUGCACAGCAGCCAAGAAGGUCAGAACGCCUGCUCCGGCUGCAACGCCACUGAGGAUGUUCUCCGCAGCUGAGAACGAAACGUCUGGAAGAAAAACUUUCUCCAGUAGAACACGGCACUUGAGCCCGAAAGAUUCUACAAACCCUAAUGAUGAUGCCAGCCGUGAAAACCUGAAAUCUUUGAUAGUUUGAUAAUGGCCUUUGUUGCAGCAAUUCUCUGAAAUAUCUGUAAAUAUACAUGUAUAGAUAUUAAUAUGAUGUCAUGUUUUAAUAACUUGAUUACACAUGUUUAAAUAGAGGGGAGGGUGUCUGAAACAGUAGAACAAGAAAAUUAAAUUUACAAUUCAACAGUCGUCAUAACUCAGCUGUAACGUAUCUGACAAUGUUGCCACUUAUCCUAUGAAUUUGUUUUUAAUGUGGUCUUAGCCAUAUAAAAUUAAUGCCUAAUCGUCCCACAUUAUACUAUUCAAGGAUCUGCUAAAAUU